AUGAGGCACCGCGACCUCGGCCCAGAGCAGGAGGGAGAAGGAACGGUGGGGUUUUUAGUCAGUAUUAUGAUAUUUUUAAUAUCAUCGGUAGAUGCUCAUAGCGAAAGUAUAAAAACCGAAGAAGAAUGCAAGAUAGCCGAUCUAUGUGUUCACGACAAGGUGCCGAUGUGUGCGAUCGACUCCUGUGGCGAGAUGAGAACUUUUAUAGACAUUUGUGAUAUGCAUGAGUUUAACUGCGACAGUAAAAAAGUUGGAACAAUAAUGGUCUUCCGAAGUGUUGGGGAGCCAAACUUCUGCAUGAAUGGGUCGGCUCGACCGACCGAAGUGAUAGCACUCACAGAAAACCAGCAUGAGUGUAAAAUGUUCCUAAAGAUUUUUGUUUAUUGUAUUGUUGUUCUUUGUGUCGUGGACUAUGUUUCUGGUCAUGUUGAUAGCGCAAAGUUGGAAGAAGAAUGCAAGAUAGCAGACAUCUGCCGACAUGAUCAAGUGCCGAUAUGUGGCAUUGAUUCCUGCGGAGAGAUGAGGACGUUUAUUGAUACUUGCGAUAUGCAUGAGUUCAACUGUGAUAGCAAAAAAGAUGCAAUUGUGAGCCAAACUUCGGCGCGAAUGCGUCGGCUCGGCAGGAGUGAUACCACGGCCUCACAGAAAACCGGCGUGAAACAACCACAGCGUUGUGUUUCGCCGUAUUUCAUACAAAAACCAGCUCAUGAAUGUUGGGUAACGUGCAAACGAGGACGCAGCUUCAAAAGACCACAAUUCAACCCCGAUUGUAUUAUCGCUAAAAAGAUUAUUACAUAA